AUGGAUUUCGGAAAGCAGGGCAUGGAAGCAGAUGCUUUGAAGGAGGAAGACCAUAUGUCACAGCAGACUGCCAGUGGUCUGUUUGCUUCCAGUGUAACCCAGGCUGGAAUCCGUGAUACAAGUGACACCUUGGAAAUUUUCACUCCUCCUCUGCUCCCCGCCUCAGAGCCUGGGAUGAACCAUUGUGCUCCCGCCUACAAGAACACAGAGCAGACUCCAGGGCAGCAGGACCAGCUGAUGAGGCAGCAGAUGGAGCAGCUGCAAAGGCUGGUGGCUGAACAGCAGAAAAUCAUCGCACUUUACAACCCAGAUAACAGUCAAUUAAAAGAAAGGAGUUUCCCUGGAACUUUUUCUGCUGUCAAAGAAGAACAAAGAGAACAAGUAAAGGAGGAGAUUCUUCCAUCUCCCUUUGGCAUAGAGGGGAAGACAAAGACUGGAAACAUAGAAGACAGGCCAAUCACACCAGCAAUUGGUAUUAGACAGAAGACCUCUGAAGAAUUUGUUGAAAAACAACUUAAAGUAGACAGUCAUCUCAUAGAAAAACAGCAGAAGGAGCAGCAGAGCAAGGCAAAAGUAACACCUCGGAAGUCUUUUCUGAAACGAAAAGAAGGUGCAGCAAGGCUCAAAAAAAAUCAACUGAAACCUUUGAAAGAAGACAGCAAGCAUUCCAGAAGAGCUGGUUUGGACUGCUGGGGUCAUUUCUCCCAGCCUGGCCAAGUAGAUGCAGGCAUACUGCAGCCAGGGGAAUGCUCUCAGUUAAAUCUGCAGGUCAGUAGCUCCAUGCAGAUGGGUACACAUGAAAAAAAAGCAGACUGUGCUUUAGCUGAGUGGGAGAUCAAGGCUCAGACUGACUGUGAAGCAAAAGUAGUUGAGCAAAAUGCAGAAGAAAAAGAAGUGGUUGGGAGAGAUGAAGAUGCAAAAGAAAAUCCUCUUGACUCACCACAGAGAAGGUGGCCUGAAAUCCUGCAACCAUGUCCUGAAACAGUAACAGAAAAGAACCUACAAGUAUGUGAGGAAAGGGAAACUCAUCAUAUGGAUUCUCUAGGGCAAGCAGGCAGAAGUAAUGCAAGACCUGUGGAGGGUACCCUGCAAAAGAACCUAGGUGGAGUGGAUCAGCCUCUGAAGGAUCAUCUCACAGAGGGAGCAAAAACCCCCUUGGAAGUCCUGCAAAAGCAUUCUCCACUUCAGGAUUUAGACAGAGGUCGCAUCAAGGAGGCAGAGUGGAGUGUAGGCCCUGCAUUCACACAGGGUCAGAAGUGGGUUCAGGUAUGCCCACAGGAACUCGUUUCGGGGAGCCAGAUCUCAGAAAGCAAAAGACGAAUCCAUGCUGGGUUUAAGAUGGUCAAUGGUAAGAUAGUAAAAAUUACAUGUAGCUCACCAGAGACUGUAGAGAAGGGAAGCUCAUCCUUAGCCUUGCAGCAGGAGUGGCAAAGGAAGGGGAUGGCUGCCUCAACACGGCAUGUUGCAUCUUUGUCCUGUGAGUCAAGCUGCUUAUCCUCCAACAGUGAUGAUGACCUCAAAUCUCGCCAUGCUCAGUAUCCCUCCCAGCAUGGCCCUCAGGGAGUAAAUCAUACUGAUGGGCAUUUGGAUCUCUCUGAUGAUGAUUAUGCUAGUGAUGAGCCCAGUGGAACUGAAAAAAUGUCUGGUAAAAAGUACAGCAGAUCACCCCCAAGGAAACAAGAUAUUCAAGCGAUCUCAAGACAACAAGGUCUCUCCUGCAGCACAAGCAGCAGUGAUUCCAGUACUGGGGCUGUCAGGACAAAAGGGAGCAAGGCUCGCUCUUCCCUUCAGCAGUCCCAAUUUCAUCUCACAAGAUCGAAAAGGAGAGAGCAGGAGCCUGAAUCAAAGAAUGAGAAUAGGGCCAGGGAUGUUAAAAACCUACAUCUGCCAUGCUCAACAAUGGCCAGUGAGAUUCCUAAUUUCAAGAUUCAAGAAACCCCUGCUGUGGAGGAACCACAGAAAAAACUGUUCACAGACACAUUAGAUGUCUUUAUAGAAGAAACCCACAACAUCCUUACCAGAGGAUUAGAGAUUGGCGUAUAUGACAGAGGAACCUCUUCACUGACUAGGGUGAAAGAAGAACAAAAGAAAGCAAUGCAUUUCCACAGAACACAAAUGGACCAGCUCAAGACUGCCAGAAGCCAAGAGCUGACUCACCCUUUGGAAUACAACAGAGACCAAAUUCACCCACUGCAGAAAGAAAAAAUUGCUCAUAGCAAGUUCAAAGGAACAACGAGAGUCACUGAAGAAAAUAUGAAAUCAGAAGAAAUACAAGUGUUAAAACAGCAGAUUGCUGGACUGCAGGAGGAGUUCAAGAGAAAUGAGUCUUGCUGGCAUGCUGCCUACAGCAAGCUGAGAGACCAAGUUGAGAUGCUGACCAGGCAGAACAUGGAGCUUCGAGAUGAGCUCAGAGUUUCAGAACAUCAGAGACGGAAAGCAGAAAAACCUCCAGAAGCAGUGAAUUUCAUGGACAGAACAUCAGAGACCCCGACCUCUCUUACUGGGAGAAGAACAGAUGAUAGGAAAUCACCUGGAGCUGUCUCGCAUCUGAGUGGCGGUUUUAAGGAGCCUAACUCAUCUCCUUAUGUAAAAGACAGGUCUUUGGCCAUUUCAGAUAGCUCAGAAGACAUGCCCCUGUCACAUAACCACAACAAUGACACUUGCACCUUUGCACUCUGCAGUAACAAUGAAGAAACAGAGGAAGAAGAGACUCUCAAUAUGAAAAAGACUGAAAAAUUGCUAAAACCUCAGAAUAAAGUGGCUUUUGUGACCACACACAGGAGAAGUGGCAUAACUGCAUAUGACAACAAAGUAUCUAUGAGCAAUUGUCCUGCUUUUCUGGAUGCUGAAACAAAGCCUCCAAAAUCAGUAUUAUCUAGAAGGUCAAUGUUACAUCAAGAAAGAAGAAAAAGUGAGGAAGAGGUGCGGGAAAAAAUAGAGUAUCGUGAUGGAAAGGUAGAAGAGGUGCUUACUGAUGGACGUCGAAUCAUCACUUUCCGCAAUGGUACUAAAAAAGAGAUCAGUGCUGAUAAAAGGAUGACAACAAUUAACUUUUUCAAUGGAGAUGUAAAGAAGAUCAUGCCAGAUCAGAGAGUGAUUUAUUAUUAUGCAGAUGCACAGACAACCCACACUACUUAUCCAGAUGGCCUGGAGGUGCUGCAGUUCCCUAAUAAUCAGAUAGAAAAACAUUAUCCUGAUGGUACACGAGAAAUUGUGUUCCCAGAUCACACAGUGAAAUGUCUCUAUCGUGAUGGAUUCAAGGAAACUUUUUUCCCAGAUGGUACAGUAGUAAAAGUAGAAAAGAAUGGAGAUAAAGUAGUGGUAUUCAGUAACGGCCAAAGAGAGAUUCACACUGUGCAAUUCAAGAGGCGGGAGUACCCAGAUGGCACAGUAAAAACUGUGUACUGCAAUGGCGGACAGGAAACCAAGUACUCCACCGGACGAGUUCGAAUCAAAGAUGAGGAGGGUAAUAUCAUCCUAGAUAAGAAGUGA